AGGAAGAGGAGGAGCAGAGGUCUGAACAAAAUCCAGCUGCCUAAGGGCUGACUGGAACAGCAGCUGAGGUCGCCUUUGUUGUCCUACACAGGGAAGGCAGACUUCCUUCCUUCCAAAUGGGCUCUUCCUUUUACCGAGUUCUCCUAUUGGUUGGCGUCACUGCUCCAAUCGUCUGCAUGUCCUCAUCCAAUUCCAAUCUCAGCAACAGAGAGUCCCCCCGCCCUCCCUCCAUGAAGAGCAACCCAGCCUCUAAGGUGUCUCCCAGCAACACCAUGUUUGCCUUCUCUCUGUACCAGAGACUGGUUCAGGAAAACCCAGGUCAGAAUGUUCUCUUUUCUCCUGUGAGCAUCUCGACUUCCCUGGCCAUGCUGUCCCUGGGGGCCCGCUCAGCCACCAAGAUGCAGAUCCUCCGGAGCCUUGGCUUUGACCUCAUGAGCACACCGGAACCCACCAUCCAUCUGGGCUUCGAGCACCUGGUGCACUCGCUUAAUGUAUGCCACAAAGACCGGGAAUUGAGGAUGGGCAGUGUCCUCUUCAUCAGGAAGGGGCUGCAGCUGCAGGCCAGUUUCCUGGACAGGGUCAAGAAGCUUUAUGGGACAAAAGUCUUUUCCGAAGACUUCUCAGACACUGACACUGCCCAGGCACGAAUCAACCGCUAUGUGGAGAAGGAGACCAAAGGGAAGGUGGUGGAUGUAAUCCAAGACCUUGAUUCGCAGACCGCCAUGGUGCUGGUGAACCAUAUCUUCUUUAAAGCCAACUGGACACAGCCCUUCAGUGCGGCCAAUACCAUCAAGAACUUCCCAUUCCUUCUGAGCCAGGGCACCACUGUGCACGUCCCCAUGAUGCACCAGACGGAGUUGUUUGCUUUUGGAGUGGACAGAGAGCUGGACUGCUCUGUGCUGCAGAUGGACUACAGGGGAGAUGCCGUCGCCUACUUUGUCCUCCCUGGCAAGGGCAAGAUGUGGCAGCUGGAGAAGAGUCUGUCAGCCAGGAGGCUGAGGAAGUGGAACCGCUCACUCCAGAAAAGGUGGAUCAAGGUGUUCAUUCCCAAAUUUUCCAUAUCUGCUUCCUACAACCUGGAAACCAUCCUCCCCAAAAUGGGGAUCCGUGACGCCUUCGACGCAAAUGCUGACUUUUCUGGAAUUUCAAAGACACGCUUCCUGCAGGUUUCUAAAGCUGCUCACAAGGCUGUGCUAGACGUCAGUGAGGAGGGGACAGAAGCCGCGGCAGCCACCACCACCAAGCUUAUAGUCCGCUCAAAGGACAGUCCCUCUUCUGUCAUCUCCUUCAACCAGCCCUUCCUGAUACUGCUCUCGGACAGGAGCACAGAAUCGAUUCUCUUCCUAGGGAAAGUUGAGAAUCCCACGAAGAUGUAGGUGGGACGCGAACUCUUGGCUGGUCCCACACUGGUGACGCGAGAAAUAAGGCGUGUAUUGGAUGGUGUUUGCAGGGUGAUGUCAAGACUUACUUCCUUGCUUGAGGCCCACUUGACCCUAACAGGGGUACAUUUGCCUCAGGGCUGGCACACCAAGCCUGGUCACCCCAACAGUGGUCCCUCUUACCUGUUCUCGUAGCCCUUUCCAAUAGCGUGGCAGAGCAGUCAGGGUUCCAUCCCUCAGGGCUCUUGAGAAUGAGGCCACACAGA